CAAGCAUAUACGCGCUUCGGUCUCCCUGGCAACCGAGCAAAGAAAGAACAGGCUGUUGUGUCCGCGAAGAAGAAACUUUGUUUUGUGUCGUGAUUAUCAAAAGUUAUCAGACAGCCAUGUCCAGCAGCUGUAAGCCCAAAUGUUUUAGGAGGGACAUCCAAAGACUGCUGCUGGCUGCUGAAGCUGGUCAGAAGGCUGAUGUCCAGGCCUACUCCUCAGGUCACCUGGGGCCCCGCAGCCUGAAGCAGACUCAGCCAAAGAGGGAGAAAAUGUCAUCUUUCUGGGGAACAUCUCACAGCCACGAUGAAACCCCAAAUCCUCUGACACUCCAGCAGGCAAAAGCACUAUUUUCUGUAAAGAAGAAAGAAAUUAAGGAGUCAAGCAUGCCUUCAGCAGAGCCUGGCGUCUCUGGGUCAAGACAAGUUCAGGCUGCCAAUCACUCACAACAUACAGACAGAAGAGAAGAAUUAAGUCUCCCAAAGAUAGUAGACUGUCCCUCAGACUCCUUGCCGGUUCAGCUGCUAGAUAUUUCCCAGAAAAAUUCUUCAUCUUAUCCAAAGGGGAAACAGACAGACAACAGAUUGAAUAAUAAAGGCCAGCUACAGACAAAACAACGGUCUGGGAGGCAAGUCAUAGCCAACCAAGACCUCUGGGCUGGAAUAAAUGUUGCUGAAAUGCAUGAGAGAAAACUACAAAAGGAGCUGAAGAAGCUGUCAGCGCAAAGCUGGCCCAGCAGAGACCGCCUUGUGGUGUUCAGUGACGUCUUUGAUGAUGUAUGUGAAGGCUCGCCAGUAUUUGGACGCAUCCUGAGGGAAAUUAAGACAGAUUAUGACUUGUACGUCAACCACCUGAUGGCCUCCCAAUCGUCUCUACCUGACAUGUCACAGAAUACUUCAUUCAUUCUCAGCGGUGGCAAAUUAGGGGAAAUGAAGUUGGAGGAUGCGGAACAAGAGGUUUGCAGGCUCGAGGAAGAGGCGAGAAGAGCUCUAGAGGAGAAUAAACGAGUCCAAAAUGAAUUACAGAACGUUCCAGCAAUCAAAGGCCCAGAGGACUGUUGCAUGAAGAAUAUAUCUCUGUCAGAGCUGCUGCCGGACACUGCCAUCGGCUGCUCUGACAGCAUCCAAAUCAAGAGGCUUCAGGUUUUGAACACGUGGAGGGAGAUCCGACAGCUGGAGAAGGAGCUUGAAGAGAAGCUGGUGUCCACCACUACAACCACAGCUACAGAAAGGAGAAUCAAAGACCUGAAGUCAGAGAUAAUGAGACUGAUAGCCUCAAAUGACCGUCUGAAGACCACCAACAAGGAUCUGGAGGAGAAGAUCAACAUGGUGCUGGACAGAGAGAAAGCAAGCAAGGCCAUAAGACGUAUGUUGUGGGACGAAAUACAUCUGCAGACAGAGUGAACAACUUCAUCAGCAAGUAAACCAAAGUAUCAUCUAAUGAGAUGGAUGUUUCAAAUUCAGAAACAGUGCAAUUUGCAAUGAGAUAAAGGAUCAAGUUUUCAAUAUAGUUUUUGAAAACCAGCAGGCAACUUAUUCAUGGGAUUAGCUUUGUUAUGGACAGGUCACAGAUUCCACAAGGUCCUGAUUUGAAAAGAGAUUACUCAAGAUCUGGGUUGCAGGUAAUUAGAUGCUAUUGGGUGCACCUGUGAUGAUCUCCCUCAGCUGGCUGCAAUCAGUCAUCUGGGAGUCUAUAUAGUGGGGUUGUAGUUCCCCUUUUCAGAUGGUUGUGUGUUUCAGGGAGUCAACACAUCAGUUGGCUCUCUGUUUGGGGGGAAAAUAUGGGUUGAGAGUGUUUAAGCUUUCUUUCUUUUGGUCAUUUCUAUACAUUUUGUUUGGCCCUGCAUCAGUGACUCCCACUUCACCUUUGUUUUUUUUUGUUGUUCAAUGUUUUGGUUUUUUUUAAAUCAUUUUGAUAGAGUUAGUGGUGGCUGUUGGUUUUAUUCCCACCACCACAUUUUAGACACCAGUUUCCUUCCCCUUUUUGUGUUUUGUUCAGUGCUUUGUUGGUUUCCCACCCUGCAAACUCCUGUCCUUCGGGUUUUUUGUUUUCAUGGAAAAUGUAACACCUUGUAGUUAGCCUUUCAGUUUAGUACAUGACAAUUCUUUUUUUUUUUAGCAGAAAUAACACUGUUGAUCAGAGCAUAAAUCCACCACCAGCAUCUGCAAGGAAAUGUAAAACACAAUGU